AUGAAACCAUAUAUUAUCUUGGCUCUAUUAGUCAAGGCAUCUAUAUUUUAACAACAGAAGAAGUAUAAUUACAUUCAAAUAUAGUUAGAUGAGAUUAUGUGAUGAAUAAGGUAGAAGCCUCUUAAAUAUCAUUGAUGGUAUCAUUUUUGGUGAGAUUGAAAUAUUAGAUUAAGUAAAUAGAAAAAAAGUGAUUUUGCAUUGA